CGAGUCGUCUGCUGUAACGUUACACACAUCAGCGUCACGAACUUUUUGUCUUCUUCCUAUACUAUAAAAAACUGUUGGUGACAUUGUUAGAAAACAAAAAGAUCGUGACGAGCACCUGUGCCAUACACAGAUUUUUGAAAUGAAGAUGAACAGAAAAGCCCCACUCCUACCAAUUUUUAACUGCAAAAAAAGAUCUAGAGAAGCAAUCAUUGCUGAGCCACAGGAGCAGUUUGUCUCUUCUUCGCAUGAUGGCAGAUAUAACAAUUUAGAAUAUUCAAGGAAUGAUAGCUUUACAAGCCAACCUGCAGGAAGUCUCUAUGAUAAUCAGAUGUCGCAUCAACAAGACCCCUCCUUGUCCUACAACACUAGCACGCAAUGGAACAACAAUCAGCCCCAAGCAAUGAACAAUAGUUCCAGAUAUCAGUUUCACCACAGAGCACCAGGGCAAUGUGAACAAAUGCAAGGGAGAAUGAACAACUCCAACCCUAGUUCUUACAGCCAACCCAGGAACAACCAAAGGGGGACGGGGACCUCCAGCAUGGAGCUAAUCCCUCCCAACCCUCCCAAUCCCAAAGCUGCUAGAUACAAUGUUAACCAAAAGUCAGUGGGUACUGAGGGUCAGAGCCAAUAUCCCAGACCCUCAGGAAGGGGAUCUAACUAUGGAAGCGGAAGUGCAAAUAAAGUUGGGCUGAGACCAAAUACCAACAAGAGCCAAGGGUACAAUAGAAAUAGUGGUAGCUUCAAUAGAUCUGCGAGUACCAACUUCAGCAGAACAGCAAGUACCACAGGUUAUGAUGGAGACCAUAGCAGUGGUUCAUAUGCAAUGGAACAGGGACAAAAUACCUACAAUAGGCAGGGGUAUGGUAGAAAUGGUGGUGACUUAAAUAGAACAUCAAAUGGCAGAGGCCAGGAUAGAGCCAACAGCAAUGGAAUGUACUGUAACAGUUCUAAUGCAAUGGCACACAGCGAGCAAAACCAGUGGAACAGUGGUAGUGGUUAUACCAACAAUGUUGGUACCAUGCCGUUUAAUGGUAGUGGUAGGGCUGCAGUGCCUGAGCAAUGGAAUCAGUGGGGAGAUGGGGGACAGAGGCAGCCAGUGAAUGACAUGGUGGGCAUCUCUCCUAGCAUGGACAGAAGAUACAAACCUAUUGAUUCCUCAUUUCAGAUACCCAGUGCUACAGGAGAUGGGGCAAUUUGUGCCAAGACUAUCACUAACAGGGAACACUUGUCUAACACAGUGCAGCACCCCCAGUCAAAAACAGCCGCUGCUCAGAAAACUGACACUCCCAGCAAAAAUCAGGUAACUGCAAAGCCAGCUUUGGACAGAUCGCUGAGAAUCAUAGCCACUGACCUGGGUGGAAUCAAGAACUGGGAACACCUUAGAGGAAUGCUGUCAUUUCUGUUUGAAAUUUAUGCCCAAGUGAACUCGGCCACUAUAAAGGUACCAGACAUUGAUGCCAAAAAGUUUAAUAUCAAAGAGGGAGCAGCUUCAAUGGAUUGUAUCUUCUAUGAAAUUGACCACUCUCUACCAAAGCUGACCCGAGGAAAACUCUACAGAAUAGUAGGAUCCUUUGACAGUCAUCAGAAUGUGAUCAAGUGUGUGUCAGUGCGCGAGGCUUUACCCGAGGAGUAUACCACUCACCAGACCUGUGUACAGAGAUGUGCCCAGUACAAGCUGGAGCUGUCCAAUCUGGUCAGAGAGCAGUAGAACCCCACAGAGAGCUGAGGUAGGGGCACUGUGUAACUGGAGAAUAUUAGGCCCCUUCCAUGGGAGGAUUACUUAAUACCUAAGGAAAUAUGAUGAUAAUUGACCACGUGCAUGCAGAUAUUGACCACAUGUGUGCAGAGUAUACAAGCUGAAACUAUCCAGUCUCGACAAGGAGCAGAUGAUGGAGAGUUUAAAGUUCUUUUGACUUGUAUAGGGCAGUAUUUUACUUGUCUUUGUUUUAGACAGAUAAACUGGGAACCUCAUGGUGAUGAUUACUUUCAUCAUUGUUAAUACCUUAAACUAUUUUCAGACAGAGAACAAGAAAAUUAACUGUAUAAUAUAUAUACGGUAUGUUUAAGCUUAAAAUGCAUAUUUUUCUUUUUGUUUCUUACAUGUACAUCCAAAAAGGUUUUAUAUGAAAAUUUACAAGAUUUUUAAAAAUUAUGUACAUGUAUAUCCAAAAUGCAGUGCAUGGGUAAUGUGCUGGGUAUGUUUCUUUUAAUGUAUUUGUUUUUUCCCUGUUCUUUAAACAACCAUAUUAAAGUUU